AUGCAUUCCCUUCCCAGUCCCCCUAUCUCUGAGCUUGAUCUGCCAUGGAAGCCGGCCAUUGCCACUGUGAGCUUGGGAGCUGCGCAUUUACACCCGCUCACCGCCAAGCUCGAUGCCGCUGCCCGCAAUGGUCAACAAGGACUCGAACUGUUUCACGAUGAUCUCGCACAGCUUGCCAAGACGCUCCAGUUGAAUGACAGCUCGCCCCGCACUGCCCGAGACUACGAGAUCGACGCAGCACACGCCAUCCGAGAUCUAUGUGCUGAGCGCCAUUUGCGAGUUUUAGCCCUCCAACCCUUCCGGCACUACGAAGGCUUGAUCGACCCUAUUCGCCAUGCAGAGCGGAUUGACGAACUCAAGCACUGGGUGCAAUUGACGAGAAUCCUCGGAGACUCCCUUUUCAUUCUGAUCCCUUCGUCAUUCCUCGAUCCCUCCGAAAUCACAGAUGACCGAGACCGGCUUGCCGCCGACUUGGCCGAGGCCGCCGAUGUGGCAUUCCCAAUACGCAUCGCGUACGAAGCACUGGCUUGGGGCACAUACAUCAACACCUGGGAGGAUUCCUGGGAUGUGAUCAAGCGGGCUAAUCGGCCCAAUCUAGGCAUAUGCUUGGACACAUUCAACAUUGCAGCCCGGUUGUGGGCCGACCCCACCGACCCAACAGGGCGGCUGCCUGCAAGCGCCGACAAGGAUUUGCAGGACUCGAUGGAUCGACUCGUACAGGAAAUCGAUCCGAGCCGGGUCCUGAUGGUCCAGCUUGCCGACGGCGAGCGGGUCGACCCGCAGAUGCCAUUCCUCCAUGCUCCAGGCUUGCCCACGCUGCUAGCCUGGUCGCGGAAUGCUCGGCUGUUCCCAUGCGAGGAGGAGCGCGGUGGAUAUCUUCCGAUCCGCAAGGUCACAGAUGCCUGUAUCACACGCCUGGGCUAUACUGGGUGGGUCAGCAUGGAGGUCUUCUCACGGACAACCGGAGAGGACAACCUGGUCAUUCCAGAUGAGCAUGCUAUGCGAGCCAGUCAAUCAUGGCAGAGGGUUCUGCAAUUCCUUGGAGAGAAGAUCCAAUAG